AAUCUUAUGAUUCACAUGCAGCGUUUUUUCCCUGAUGCUAAUUUGUAAACAGUUUUUCUUAGUCUUAUUUGAUUCGACCCAUGUCACUCCGCCCGAGAAGUAUACCAUCACCAUCUUUACAGUGUUUUAAUUUGUAAUUGAGCUUGUUGGUUAUUUUUUUUCUAAACUUGGAACGAGGUAUAAUGAUACAAGAUGCGGCGGACCGCGAGAGCGCUCCUUGUGAGCAUACCGCUGGCUCACAUACAAGUGGGUGCUCAGAAAUUACGUUCCGCUCGUCGGAGAAUUUCGAAGAGCACAUUCAUGUCAAAGAAGUCGACUGCCGAUGAUGAUGGGUCAGCUUAUGACUCUAACGAAGAUGCGCGAAAAUUGACUGCCGCUACAGGAGCAACGGUUCAAGGGGUGGAUGCGAGUAGAAGGCCUGACCACCUAUGUGUUACGCACUAUAAUGGACAACAUCUAGGAUGCACGCGCAAUGUGGACUGGCAUAUGCAUGUUGCCAUUGCUCAUCAGAGCUGUGCGGUGGAUACCAGCGCAUGUACCCUGGAGCGGGACUGCACUGUCCGGUUCGAAGAUUAUACCAGUGGCGCUGGGGAUUUAAUGACGAGGUGGCACCUUUCGGCAGCGACCUGCACUGAAGACGGUCUCUCGUGUCGCCAUGAGACAAAGGAGCUGUCGCAAGAAAGAAGCUGGAUGCAGAACCCGCCAAGUGCAGACAAUACGAAUCUGCUCCUAACUCAAUGCAGAGCAGCCUUAGAUCUGGCCAAAGACGCGCUGAGUCGCGUGGGCGCGCGGGCAACCGUUGUGCAGCUGGGGGCUACGGCGAACACAAUUGGGCCGAUAUCUCGGUACCUCGGAAGCCAGCGAUACGAGGUUGGCGUUUGUAGUCCAGUCGCGGAGAAUUUUUAUCUGCGCUAUGAAAAGCGGGAUUGCAUAGCGAAGUAUGCGACACAGUAUAUGACCAUCGACCUGGAAAGCACCAAACUCAAAUGCCUGGACCAGACGGGCAGCGGCUGUCAGGGCUUCACAGCAGAUUACAUGGGGUCUACCUUCAGUUCCCCCACAAGCAUCCGGCUGCACCAACCGGACGCACCAGUCCCGGGAAGCACGUCGUGGGACGCGGAUUGCCGCACAGAAGUGGCGGGGUUUGACGUAUACGCGCAAGCACACGAGGUUUGUCCGUGUUUUCGUAGCUUUUCGACCUAUAACGCGACUAGUGGGCCCUCAGCCGCGGACGCACCGCAGCGGUGUGGUCCGCGUUUCCAGCACCGGGUGUGCCCAGAGGCAGCGCACCCCUACUGCGACGACAACGCGGGUGUUUGCGCUGCGGAGGCACCUUCGGGAGUAGUCUCGAUAGGGAAAGCCUCUAGGCCCUACGAUGCGGACCAGUUUACUAGCAAUCCCUGCAACAAGCUGUCGGACAUACCGGUAGAGAAAGGAGCACAAAUUUUGACUUACGGGAAAUGUGGAAUCUACAAUAAGUUCACAGAGUGGACGACCGUCGCGACAAGUGCCUCAAAACCGACGGAUGCAGGCUUGCGCCAGCCGGAGCCGGCAUUCUAUGAGAGGGGACUACCGGAGAGUCAGUGUGCGGGAGACUUGCCAGCGUGCUCCGACUCCUGCGCGUCAGCGCACAACGGUGUUUGUGAAGACGGGCUGCCGACGCAUCCCACGGAUAGCAACGCCGCGAGGACGAAGCUCACGAGUUCAGCGCACCCCGCUAACUUGCAGACAGGCACGAGUUCUGUUCUGCUGCGCGAGGGCGUGGCGAAGUGCCCGAUCGGGACAGAUUGCAGCGACUGCGGCGUCCGCCAGGGCGGCUGGCGUCGGCUGCUCCACUCCCAGUUGGAGGGGCAUCCACUUUUAGAUCCGUUAACGCCGAUCAAAACUGCAGGAGACAUCGAAAAAGCGUUGCUCAACGUGUUUGCAGGACCCACCGCAGCCACGCGUAUAGCGGCGUUGCAAGCGGAAAUGUCUGGCACAAGGAGGUACCCGACGCUAACGGCGCUCAAGGGCACCCACGAGAGUCUGCCAAACGACUUCGGGGUAACGAAGACUACGGGUCUUGUUGCAGCAGGCGUGCCUAUGAACGCCCGCGUGCGCUUCUGCGCAGUCCCGCAGCUGAGAUCAGGCGACUUCGCUGCACUCACAGAAGCGCAGCGCGAGACUUUCUAUUCGCAGUACUAUCGCGACGCGACGCAUUGCGUAGAGAGCUUAUCGGUUCGGGAUCUUUACAACGCGCUUGUCCGUGGACGGGCGUGGAAUGUAGGACAGAUCCGCAACACGGCUGAUGCUUCACCAGGCGGGCUCCCGACUCGCGCAGAGUGCACGACCGCGAACAUCAGUUUAGGACACAAUCAGGACUCCUGCCUCACGGGUAACCCCGACUACGCCAUAACACAAGCGCCUCAGGACGAAGACGCGAGUGCAAGCGGUCUGCCACCAACAAGUGUUCUGGCGGACCCUCUCUUUGCUUUCAACGCUACGAGUGAUCAGGGUCGCCCGUUUGUCUUUCAGCUGCGCCGUUCGCCGCGCUUCGAUCCGAGUAAACGCGACUCGGUGCAACCUCCGGAUUCCCAUUUGCGCGCGGAUGAUUCUUUGCUGGAUUAUUUCAGCUUUGAUACGGUGUACACAUCGGAGCUGGCUGUAGACGUCACACCCACUGUGGCGAAGGGUAGUCGCCGUGCAGUGCGGGGCAUCUACGUGAGUGACCCGUCAGCUGCACUACUCGACUUGCUUCAAGUCCCCGAUCAGAUUUCACCCGCAAGUCUCACCAGUGCCUCGCGCGCCGCCCUGGAAGCACACGCGACGGCAGCGACGAGCCUGAAAAAGCUAAGUUUGUACUUUAAGAGUGACGACACUUCCCUGACGGCGAGUUGGGGCGCGCAGCCCCAGCUGUACAACCAAGCUUACUCUCCCUUUAAUCACGGGCAGUCACCGAAGCUUACGGAUCAGGCAAGUGCACCGGGAAUCGAGUUGCGUGGCGUCGCCAUGGAUGUGAGCUGCACGCAACCAGAGUUUGCGGUUGUAAAGAGCUUCGAACUGGUCAUGCGGUUGGAACUUUUUGGUCUCAAACCUCCGCCAGGGGUGACCAGCCCGCAAUACUAUGACCCAACGGACGUCACGAGUCCGACUCGUGUACUUGUCCAGGCCAUGCGAGAUGUAGUGCUGGCUUUCAUUUGCGAAGAGGGACGAGGUCUUGGCGUUGGCGCAGCGUCGUACAUGCGCGGUGGGAGGCUCUCUGGAGUAUACAAUAAUGCUGCAAAUGACUUGACUGCUCCUGGUACGUUUCAGUCGGAUAAUAUUGACUACUAUACCGCCUGCGCCCAAUUCACAAGUGGGUCUUCGUUGCGGGUGCCCGACUACGCGGCCGCAUCGUCAGCAUGGUCGAAGAGCAGUACGGAAUUUUUUCAGCUACGUUCUUUGGAUGAGUGGACACUACCCGGCGAUGCCGGUACGCCUCGCUCGCGCCGCGCACAGACGGUAGAGGCGGGUCCAGCGGAUGAUACCGCAGCAUCCAAACACAUCGCAUUCACAAGUACAGAAAGAAUAUGGUCAGAUGCAGUUGUAGAGCGUGACUCAUCAAGGGAGGAGGCGGCGCGUCGCCUCACAGCGGGCACGUGGACCAACAUGAUUUCGAAGCUAAACGAGAACGUGGGCAUGUGUCCCUUUGGCGGACAGCGCACUCGAUUUCCGGUUUCGACGUGCUCGGAGCUGGUGCAAUUUCCAGCGCGCAUCCAGUUCGACCUUCGUAUUCCCUAUUGGGACAGCACGCAGCUGGCUGAGGUGCACGCUAACUUGCAGCGCGCACACGCUGCGCUGACCGCAUCCGCAAACACGACACUGCAUCUGCGUAAUAGGGUCUAUGCAAGAGCACAACAGAUCUACAAGGGAGCUAACGGAGGGGCGACGCUCGAGCAGCACCUUACCUUUGUGCCUGAGGUGGUCGAUUUCUCGAUUGAAAAAGGACUGGUUGACGCGGGAUCGGACGCUUCGCUUGCGUGGCCAGCAAGCACGCUCUCACUUCGGUUGGUAGUCCCGAUAAUCACGGCAGCGGGCGAUCCUUACGGCGCUGCGGCCAUAGUAUUAGGAACAGCCAUUCGGAAGGGCAUGGAACGCGUGUUCUGCGGAAAGGUUCAAGCGGCUUCGUCCUUCUACACGGCCCUACAGAAUGACACAGCCAUCCUCGAUGUUCCUUCCCCAAUAGGAGGCGGCACUCCUUUGCCUGCAUUCGGUGGCGUAUCUUCGCUGGCUGAGCGAGCCUGUCUUGGCUCCCGCGGUCGCGAUUGGACGGCACAGCACCUCAUUGUACUGGACAAUGACGUCCCGUUAGUACAGAGACUUGCUAUGCAAAAUAAUGGAACGAUGCCACUUUUUAUUCAGUCAGUAUUUCGCUUAAGGCAAGAGAAGCUUCUUUUGGUUUCCAGGAGAGAGCUAGAAGAGUCAACGAGUACUGCGGUGAAUAACAAUGAAAAUAACGUCCAGCAGAGCAGGACGGGAAGCGCCGACUGGGUAUCAUCAAAUGACCCUACCGCAGAUUUUACGCGGAAGAGUUUUCCACACUACGACCAAGGAGAAGUUGUAUUAGGAAAGAUGAAUGAUGUGCAGCAGCGCGAGCUGCAGAUAAGUAAGACUGCUUUUCGAGCUAUGCUUAGAAAUGUGGCAGCAACGGAGGUGAAAGAGGCUAUUGAUUCUCAGGUCGCGAGUACUUUCACAGCCUACAGUUCCAUGAGUACGUCGAUUGCAGGAAGGGCGGACUGGCUUUCGGGAUUUCAAUCAUCCUGGAACGUGACGUCUGCAGUGACGCAGAUUCAGUACCCAACCUCUCCACCACCAAACAUAACUACGACAACUACAACGACGUUUCCACGCGUUGAGGCUGACUCCUCGGCAGCUGCCGCUAGUGCCCCCAAUUCGGUCUUGAUUGUUGGCCUUGUCGCGCUUAUAGUAAUGUUUGUCUUCAUUAUAGGCAUGGCGGCGGUCGUGAAGUGCACUGACCACGGCCAGGAAAAGUCGGCCGAGCAUUUGGAGACCAUAAAAGCGAUCGCAGAGCGGAGGGGGGACACGAUUGAAACAGGGAAAUCAACGAAACGCAUCUCACGAACGCGAAAAAGUCAGUACACGCCAUAUCGUUUCGCAGAAGGCGAAGCUCUUCAAGCUAUGAUCGGCGACAUCAAAAGUAAUCACUCAGGGGAUUCCAACUCUCGAGAUCCGACGCGGAAAUUGCCCGGGGGUGGCGAUAAGAGUCUCGCAGAUGCGAGGGAGCUAGAGAGUCCACCUGGCGGACCCGGCGAUGACAGAAGGUUGGAGAACUUACGAGAGAGUCUACGAGAUAAAGAGGAAAACAGAAGGCAAAGUCUCCUCGAGAAUCGGCGGAAGAGCAUGGGCAAUGGUCGUCUGAGUACGUCUUCGAAAAGUCGUCCGAGUAGUCUCCCUUCCUCACUACAAAGAAAAUCACAGUCACGAAGAAGUAGUCGCGAAAAGGAUCCUUCACUAUCUUCCAGAAGGAGCCGAAGGGAGGAGUCUCCAGAGGCGCAGAUUAUCAAUAUCAACUUAGAUGGUAUGCAAAUCCAAGGGGAUGCCGAGACGUUGGCGAAACUCGACAUUAAGGAUCCAGCGGGAGGUGAAGCCAAAAACAUACUCGAAAUUUUGGGGACCGCGGGUGUUAAGAACCGCGUGAGUCUCAAAUCUGGUGGAGCAGUGCCCCCCCUCAAGCUCGGUUCACUCAAGAAGAAGCCGGAACGUGAUGGAACCCCGCCAUCGACUUGAUGAGCCUGAAUAUAUGGACAAAUCUUGAUUGGCUCCUUCCUUUACUAUAAGGUUAGGGCUUAGGUCCCGCGAGGCUUAAAGCACUAGGUAAAGCAAGCCGGUUAGUUUUCACCUCUAGAAACGUUAGGGCUAGCCCACGAAACUACAAUAUAUGGAUAAAGAUAACUACGAUCUCUUGGCCGACAUCGUCAUAUGAUCUUCCUGGUUCCAUUUACAUGCAAGCUGAAAAUGUUAUCAUGUUGUCGAGUUUUUCUAGAAAUACAGUCUGGAGCACUUCUUCUAGUACUAUGAUUUAUUGAUUGAUCUCCUCCUGGUCUUGUAGUAUGUGUAGUGAGAUUGUAAAUACAAAUCUAGGAUGAUGUGCAUUUUCUGCAGAGACUUUCCGCUGAUUCAAUGGACGCCUUAGUGACAAUUCCUUUCUUACAGAAUAUGAUGAAAGAGAUCAUGAGAAUGCAUGGGACACUCACGUGUCGCAUGUAUCUUACGAAACUCGAUGUUACAGUGGUCAGAUGCAACUAGUUGUAAAAGUAUAAGGAGAUGCAAGUACGUGUAUGCGAAAU